AUUCAUUUGUACCCUAUAGUGGCCCCAAAAGUGACAUUUUUGUGCGUUUCAUUUAUUCGGUUCUGGAGAGUGCAGCUUUCCUCGGCAACGCCGAUAGAAGAGUAGGCCGAAUCCCAAAUCGCGGCCUACUCUCCGAUACCCAAAUAAUAAGAGCUGUUAAUUCCUCUAUUAUCUGAUAAAAUAGUGUUGAAAAGAGAAGGUAAAGGCUAAAAUUAAUGCGGAUGGAAGCUGGUCAGAUUGGAUUUGAUGGUAAUGCUGAGAAAUCAAUGGGAGCAUCUCAUGGCCUUGCCAACCCUGUGAGCCUACCUGCACAGGCAGAGCAUUUUGCCAGUCCUAGAUGUGAACCCCCAUUGUCAUUUCCUGCAAUUAAGGGGAAGAGCAAGGUCAACCAUCAGGGUUCACAGGAGAGCAAUACACCUCCAAGUGUCUCAAAUUUUUACGUCUUCAAGAGUCGCUUGCAAGAGUAUGCUCAGAGAGCAGGGCUUCCGACACCUGUUUAUGAGACUAUCAAGGAAGGCCCUUCUCAUGAGCCUUCCUUUAGAUCGACAGUUAUUGUAAACAAUGUUAGAUAUGAUUCUCUACCAGGAUUUUUUAAUCGCAAGGCAGCAGAGCAGUCAGCUGCUGAAGUAGCUCUCAUGGAACUUGCUAACUCAGUGGACACAAAGUUUGGCAUCACUCAACCAGUGCAUGAAACAGGUUUAUGCAAAAACUGGUUGCAAGAAUAUGCUCAAAAAAUGAACCUUGCAGUUCCAAUAUACGAGUGCCACAAGGACGAGAGACAAGGCAAUACGUUCACAUUUUAUUGUACCCUUGAAAUUGGGGGCAUCAAGUAUAUUGGAGGUUCAGCAAACACAAAGAAGGAAGCUGAGAUUAAAGCUGCGAGAACUGCUUUAUUGGCCAUUCAGUCUGCUGCCUCUGGCUCUGAAGAUCAAGUUGGGAAAUCUGUUCACACUGUUCGUCCAUACAAAAAGAAGGCAACGGAUCUUGGAAUCAGCACCCAGGAGACUGCAGCUGCCCUCAAACCAACGAAAACUCGUUUGAAGAAGCAACAGCGGAAAAAGAGGCGUGGAGUGAGGUGGGGUAAAUGUGCUAAAGGUAAGAUGGCAGGUGGUGGUGUGGAGGUAAAGAUGAAUGAUAAUGGAGGAGUAGACUUAGGUGCAGGUGAUUCUAUCAGCUCCGAAAGUAAGAUGGCUACUAAUUUGGAGGUUCAUAUGGACUGUCAGGCAGGAGAGGAAAUGGGCUUGACUGAUGCUGGACCUAAGCCAACUGUAGUAUCGGCGAAUACAUGCAAUGGGGGAUCAUCUUCUAUCGCAAAUGCUGAAAAUGGUGUACCGACAUAGUAGAGACAUGGGAUUAUUAUCUCUCGAUUAGCCAUGAGACGUGUGAUGCAGGUGAACAACUAUCUAAUGAAGGUAUUUUAACCAUCAUUAGUUGUUUGCAGAUGGCCGUCUUAAAAAUGGUAUUUGAGUUGGGGUAACAUUGUAACAUUAUUAAAUUUAAGAGCAUGUUGUAAGGAUUUCUGAAUAUAUCAUGGUUAGACAGGGUUUACCGAGAUGCUUCAUUAUAAUGAUUUAUUUUUAGUUGUAGAAGUUAAUGUUAGGAAUGUUAUUUUGAAAGUAAUUUACUGUCAAAAUAGCAAUUUACAUA